AUGUUCAAAAGGCACAAGUCCCUGGAACGCAAGAGGGAAUUAUUUCAGGGACUUCCACAGUCCACAAUGAAGAAUAAUACGAGAAAUUUCCACUCUUUGUCACAACUUGUCCUCUCAGCAGGCCCGCUAAGAACAACUCGAGCAGUCAAACUUUCAAAAACAACUCACUUUGAGAUUGAAAUACUGGAUGCUCAUACAAGAAAACAGAUAUGUAUUGUGGAUAAGGUAACUCAAACGUCAACUAUUCAUGAUGUCAAACAAAAGUUUCACAAAGCAUGUCCAAAGUGGCACCCUUCCAGAGUUGGCCUACAACUAGAAUAUGGUGGCCCCUUUUUGAAGGACUACAUCACUAUUCAAAGUGUUGCAGCUUCCUCAAUUGUCACACUUUAUUUUACAGACUUAGGUCAACAAGUCGGUUGGACCACAGUCUUUUUGGCUGAAUACACAGGACCUCUACUAAUAUACCUUCUUUUCUACUUGAGGAGCUCAUACAUAUAUGAUGUGAAAGAGAGCUCUCAACGGCCUCGACACCCUGUGGUACACUUGGCUUGCUUCUGCCAUUGUAUCCACUACAUCAGACACCUUCUGGAAACUUUAUUUGUCCAUAAAGUUUCUGCAGGACACAGUCCUACAAAAAACUUGAUAAAGGGGUGUGCAUUUUAUUGGGGAUUCACUUCUUGGAUUGCUUAUUAUAUUAAUCACCCAAGAUAUACACCACCAUCUUUUGGAAACAGACAAAUAACAGUAUCUGCUAUCAACUUUCUGAUUUGUGAAGCUGGAAAUCAUUUCAUCAAUACAAUAUUGGCUCAUCCCAAUCACACAGGGAGCAAUGCCUGUUUCCCAAGUCCAAAUUAUAACCCCUUUACAUGGCUGUUUUUCCUGGUUUCCUGUCCUAACUACACUUAUGAGAUUAGAUCCUGGAUUAGUUUCACAGUCAUGACACAAACACUUCCAGUUGGCAUUUUUACAAUUUUAAUGAGUAUCCAGAUGUCUUUGUGGGCACGGAAGAAACAUAAGAUAUAUAAGAAGAAAUUCAACUUAUAUGUGCAUAGGAAAUCAGCAAUAAUUCCAUUCAUAUUAUAA